GUGCCCCCCGUGCGGAGCGGAGGGCCCGGCCCGGCCCGGGGCCGCCGUGUCUGACUCACACGCGUCUCCAGGGAUGCCUAUGAAUAACCCCUCCCGGGUCCCCGGCCGGCCGGGCCCGGCCCGCACCCGCACCGGCGCACCGCACCGGCACGUCAGUGUCGACGACAAGCUCCCGCCGGCCGCACGCUCCCGCCGGACCCUCCCCGCCAGGCCUUCCCCGUCAAAGCGACGCCCGCCAGAAAUGUAGCCGAGUGCCCGGGCGGCGCGCGGCAAGCAGGCGACAGACUCAACAGGUGCAGCCUGGUGCAGCCCCGCCGGCCGCAGCCUCGGCCGCAGCCCUCCCUACGGCCUCCGGCAUGCUCCGCCAGGGCGGCCUCCUCGUUCACGUCCAGAACAACCCCAUCCUGGACCCGCCCCUGCUCACGCCCCCGGAGACCCCCGAGGAGGCGUUCGCGUCGCCGCCGUGGUCGAGGACGCCGGCGAGGCCCGUGGAGCUCGUGUACCACCUGACGUGGCUGGACCAGGAUGGCAGCAUGUCGACACCCGAGGAAGGCGCGGACCCUCCACACCCGUUCCAGGGCAUCAUCGACUACCUGCUGGCCGGCAGCCAGGAAGAGGGGCACCGUGUCGACCAGGACGCCCCCAUCUCAAGGACUAUUGAGCAGGUCGAGGGCACACUGGAGGAGGCCGUGUGGCCGCCAGGACCAGAGGAACUCUUCGGCGACAACUCAUCGCACCUGCUGACGAAUCAGGACUUUAGUCCUUCAGGAAGGACAUCAGUUCAGAGUCUGGAGACGACGUUUACUAGCCCUGGCCAGGACUUUGCUAGCCCGUUACAUGCCUUCGCCAGCCCAGUGCAAGAAUUUGUGAGCUUCAACAGCCCCUGCAACGACGUGUCCGGAAGAACUUCAGUACAAAGUCUAGAGACUGUUUUCCCUAGCCAUAGCCCUAGUGCCGUUCAUAGUGCGUUCGCCAGUCCCAGCCCUACUGCUGCUCAUAGUGCGUUCGCCAGUCCCAGCCCUAGUGCCGUUCAAAGUGCAUUCGCCAGCCCCAGUCCCAGUGCAGGCCAUAGUGCGUUCGCAAGCCCCAGCCCUAGUGCAACCUAUAGUGCGUUUGCAAGCCCUAGCUCUAACGCGACUUAUAGUACGUUUGCGAGCCCUAGCCCUAGUGCAACGCAUAGUGCUCUCGCCAGCCCUAGCCCGAGCGCAGAAGGUGACCAAGGACCAAACGAGGCCGCCUCCGGAAGUGCCCUCCCUGGGCGCUCACGAACGCUAGUGCACAGUGUGUCGGACCCGGGGAGUCGGCGGGGGCGGGGUGCGUCGUCUGCUAGGAGCAGGAGUGCGCUGGGCAAGCCGAGCGCAAAAGCAACCUGUGAUCAAGUCUGUGAUAAAAAGCGCAAGACGAAAGACAAGCGGAAAGGAUCUCAAUCAACAGUACAAAAAGAUGAAUCCCGGAGUGAAGGUGCAAGUGCGCGCGCCGGGGACGGGGCCGCGAGUGACACUCAGGACUGCGACGACCCGGAGGACGGCGACAAGGAGGAGGAAAAGGAAGAUGAGGCCCUGCCAUCGGACCCGCAGACCUGGACGGCGGCGCACGUGUCGCAGUGGCUGCGCUGGUGCUCCAGGGAGUUCCACAUCACGCCGCUGCCGGACCCGGACAAGUUCCCGCGCUCGGGCGGCGCGCUGCUCGAGCUCGACGGCGCCGGCUUCGAGUCCCGAGCCGGGUCGUCGCGCGGCGCGCGCCUGCUGCGCUCGCACCUCGCGCACACCCUGUUCCAGGCCACGGGCCGCGCCACC